AUGAGGUCAAAACCCACUAAUGCUAUCCAAGCAAACGGCAGGAACAUCACCGCCGCUACUGCCAACAUUGCAACGCGUGCUGCCUCAUUCUGGCGACGAUCAUUGAUGAAAGUAGCGUUUAAGGUCACGUUGGCCGUGCGCCUGAACCCAGUAGCAUGUCCCAACUCAGGGAAGGUUUUCAUGCGUAGUGCUACCGUCCAUACGGUAACGAAAAAGCCGAAAAAAGCGAUGAACGUAACUAACCUUCGUAUCAUGCAAGCGGUUGGAAGCUUCUCUGCCGGCUCGUUAAGAGUAACGAUAAUCGUAGAAUGA